GGGCGGCGCCAAACUGCACUAUGUGGGAGUUCGCAGUGUCAAAUUACGAGGCGUCGUUUUAUUUUUUCUUUCUCCAGUGAAUUUUCCGUGAAAAUACUACCCCAAUGGGCUCGAAAAAGCACAAGAAACACAAAAGUGAACGUCGUGAGCGAUAUGAAGACCCAAAUUUGAGUCCAGGACGUCCUCCCAGUCUCAAGUUGAUCCUCAAGGUGGGUAGCAAUUCCACGCCAGAGUAUGGCAAUGAUUCUCCAGCUUAUGGGGUGCAGACGGAUCAUGGAUCGGCGUAUCUGCAGGAACUGCAUGAACGUCACAAGAAGAGCAAGAAGAAGAAAAAGAAGAAGGAUCGGGAGAAGAAGCAUAAGCAUCAUCACAAGGAGAAACGCCGGCACAGGGAUGAUUCCAGUUUCGAUGAUAUGAGCAUCGGGGAGGAUAGUCAGCUGCAGGAGACAAUGAUGAGCCGGCUUAAGGGUUUGGGGCAUUUGCGUUCGCCUGAAUCCAUUUCGUCGCAAGAGCACAACAGUUCAGGCUCAAUUCAGUCACCAGGACAGAAGCAUCAUCAUGAGAAGGCACCAACUGUGACGGAUGGAAGUGGGAGGGAGCCGAGGCAGUGUGUGUUGAAGCUGAAGCAGAGUCGAUCGCCAUUGGCUAAGAUUCUCGAUCAUCUGCUGCGGAAUCUGGAAAAGAGGGAUCCACAUCAGUUUUUUGCCUGGCCAGUGACUAAUGACAUAGCUCCUGGGUAUUCAGCCAUCAUCACCAAACCCAUGGACUUUUCCACGAUGCACCAGAAAAUCAAUGACAAUGCAUACAGUUCAAUUCAGGAGUUUGGGGAUGAUUUUAAGUUGAUGUGCGAGAAUGCCAUUAAAUACAAUCAUGUGGAGACGGUCUAUCAUAAGGCGGCCAAGAGGUUACUCCAUGUGGGUGCCAGAAUGCUUCAGCCGGAGAAUCUCAUGAGAUCUUUGAGGUCUUUUAUGGUGUACAUGAGGGAGUUGACGCCCAAGGAGUUGGGAUUUGAGUUGCCGAAUUCGGAGAAUCACGAUACUGAACAAUGUGGCGGAGAUUCGGCUGAUGAGGAGACGACAUCGACGGGAGCUGAGGAGAAUGCCAAUAUGCACAAUGAGGAUGAUGUCAAGAGGAAGCCAAUGAGGGCAAUAAAUCAUCCCAAGAGUCGAUUUGAGCCAUUUAUGGAUGAUUUGUCUCCGGAUGAGGUUCUAGCUCAGGUCCAGAAAGCUGCCCGGAAUGCAAAAUCUCGCGUGUUUACGCGGCAGCGGGCUCACAAAAUGGGCUUCCUGCGUCAGCACAAAGAUGGCACGACCAGCAUGAAAAUCCUCUUGGACAGUGAAGGGAAGUGCUCAGGGCAAGAACGUCUGAUCUCCCUGGGAGCCUUCACGGGACGUCUGAAGCAGGGAACUGGUCAGAUUCAGGGAAUCCGGGAAGAUAGGCGAAAUCUGGCAAAAGCUGUUAAACCUCUAAACUACGGAGCUUUUAGUUCCUUCGCUCCCAUCUUUGACUCUCGCUUUGCCAAUCUCAGCAAGGAAGAGUCUCAGAUGGUUCUGUCGACGUAUGGAGAUGAAACUGGUGCUCAGUAUGCGGAGAGUAUUUUGGAAUUUACCAAGAACAGCUCAUAUGCCAGUUCCCUGGCAAAUGGCCUCUUGGAUGUCCUCACGGGUGGAGAACAUCGCAAAACUCUGGCUAAACUCACGGAAUCCCAUCGGCAGCGCACGGAAAAGGAAGAAGUGGAGAAAUCCUUUCCAGAUCCUGAUCCUCCAGCCAAAACUUCCGAAUUGGCCACAGUUAAAGUUGACUUUGAGGGACUUCGUUCUCUGGCUGAUUUGGGAAUUGAUGUGAAAUUUCUGGAUGAUAUUGAGAAGACCACGAAGAAUGUGGACAAUCAGAAGAAGUUCCAGAAUCAGCUGAAUAUCACGUCGACGCUGCUGGAGAAGUUGCAUCAGGUGCAGUUUGAACGAUUGUCACAGGCAUUGCCGGUGCAUCUGAGUCAGGUUCAGCAGCCGGGAAGUGAUGAAGUACAACUGGCCACACAAAUAACGUCCAAUAUCACAGAAAUGGCCAAGAAUCUCCCACCGGAAGCCAUCACGUCGCCUCAUGCACUCAGAAAGGCCAUGGGGGUGUCCACAGCGGGUCUUGAGCCCUAUCAGAUGCAACGGGUGAGCUUGGUUGGGAAUGUUCAGGGAGUUCAGCGUCUUGGAUGCAAUAUUUCACCGGACAUGGAUAUAACGCCAGUUCCGAUGGAAAUUGAACCGGAUUCACUGGUGCAUCAUCACAAUCACAAUCACUCCAAUGUCGACAAUACCACUCCGGUCGAUCUGGAGACGGAACUGCGGGAAUUCCUCGAGGGUGGAAGUAGUAGUGAGGUGGAACAUGAUACGAGUAGCAUUGAGCAAAUGUUGCUCAAUUGAAGGGUUGAAUUUUGGGGGAAGGGUGACAAGAAGCUUUUUCCCUGAGAGCAUUCUCUGAUGUGCACACGUCAUGGGUGAGCAAUUUUAUUUUUCCCAAUAUAUUCAUAUUUAAUCCUUCUUUUUUUUUGUGUAACUCUUAUUCCUUUUGAGAUAUUUUAUUGGGUGAAUUUAUUUGUGUUUUAAAGCUAAAAAAGUAAAAGAAGAAAAAUCAAUUUGUGCCCCCGUUUCGGGGGAAAGAAAAGACAGCAAAAAAAAAUAGAUGACUUUUUUCCAUGUGGAACAAAA